AUGUCUGUUCCACUGGUGACUCUCCAUGUAAUAACUGCCUAUGACCAUGGGAUUGAGGUAGAAGAUCGCAGUGAGGCAUUUUUGAAGGCUUUGCAGUCUAAUGUUACUCAGUCCACAAGAAUUGUUGUUUGUGUCCUUCCUUCUAAUCGCAAAGACAAAUAUGAUACCAUCAAGAAAUACUUGUGCGUUGAAUGCCCAACCCCAAGUCAGUGUGUAGUUGCUCGCACCUUAAGUAAGCCACAAGCAUUGAUGGCUAUUGCAACAAAAAUUGCAUUACAAAUAAACUGUAAAAUGGGUGGUGAACUGUGGAGUGUCGAGAUUCCACUCAAACAGCUCAUGGUGGUUGGCAUAGAUUGUUACCAUGAUAAUGCUGCUGGGAGGAAGUCCAUUGCAGGAUUUGUAGCCAGUAUUAAUCAGUCAAUAACAAGGUGGUUUUCUCGCUGCAUCUUGCAAGAGCGUGGACAAGAACUUGUAGAUGGAUUAAAAGUUUGUUUACAAGUUUUUUUUCAGAGUCUGAUAGUCAUUAAACGUUUUUCCAAAAGGCUGCCAAUUUACUUUGAGGAAAAGAACAUCAAAGGUUAUUACAUGCAAGGAAAGCAAAACCACCAACAAUUCUAUACUGUAUAA